AUGGAAGAGUUUCCAGAGCAAGAGCUUGCAGGGCCAGAGGAUGAGCCAGAAUUGCCAUCGCCCUGGGUGCGUAUCCAGGAUGUGGAUGGCCAGAAUGUCUACAUGAACCAGGACACUGGAGAGUCGCAGUUUGAGCCGCCCCUCUUCGAGGACUACCCUGAUUUCGAGGAUGACGAAGCCUACUCGGAGGAGGCAACGUGCGACCUCUCGCCACAGCCGGCGCUACGUGUCCAUGAGGUCACUACCUCCGAGCGCGGCUCACAGCAGGUGGUGAUCGUGACGCUGUCUGAACAAGCUGACUGGCAAGUGGCCACACUGGGUGCUCAGGCAAAGUUGUCCUGCAGCAACAUGCUUUUCCGCAUCCAGGACGUGAAGAAACGCGUCCAAGGGAAGAUGGCUGUGGACUUGGUACCGGUGGACCCAGGUUGGAAGGAGCGCUUGGUGGCGGAGGAAGAAGCGCAACUUCAGGUGCUUCUGGCCGGCAGUAACCUUGAAGAGGCCAUCUUCUGCGGCAUCCGCUGCUUGGCCCAAGAAUCAACUCCUGCAGAGGUGGAUCGAGCUGAAGGGUGGCCAUCGAUGGAUGUGUUGAGUCAUAUCCAGGACAACUUCCCAGACAUCUUUGCCGAGAUGGUGGAGGAAGAUGACAUGCAACAGCUCCUGGCUGAAUCUGUCUUGUUCAAGGUCAGCGAAGACUCGCAGCGGGUGGUUUGCAGGAUUUCCUCAUCCCCAUUGGAGGAGUCGGUUUGUCGCCUCCUUGCCUCUUCAAGGACGGGAGAGAACCAGGAGAAUCAGAAGCCUUCGCAGAGCUGGGAAGUUCUAAUGGAUGAGCUGCCAAAGGUGCUUGGGUCCAGAGAUGCCACUCUGGAUAAGCAGCUGCUGCAGUCUGCUGCAUCUUUCAGCGAGGAAGACGGAAUGGUUACACUACGAAAGCCACUACCUGUCAUGGCCUAUUCCUCGCGGCUCUCAGUGACCUCUGUGAGCUCCAGCCCUGAGAGGCCUGCACGAAGCGCUGCUGACGCUGCGCCCCCUGCGCCAUCCGCGCCAUCCGCGCCGUCCGCACCGUCGGCACCACGACGGCAUGAGCGCAGCGCACCAAGGAGCCAAAGAAUUGAUGGAGGUCUCAAGCUGGUAUCGAAUGGGGUCGAUUCAGGUUCACAACGGGCGAGCCAUGCGGAAUCCAGAAAUGGUACCAGGGCGAGCCAUGUUCCCAUCACGCUGCGAGAAGCGCCGAGGAGCAGACGAAGUCGGGAUCGGCAUCGGCACCGGCCGCUUCGGCGGCGCGAAGAAGCGCCACGAGUGCCCACAAGGCCAAGAGAAAAACGCCGCGACGACCGGCAUCGGGGUCGUAGCACGCACCACCGCAACCACCGCGACCACGGCGGAGAGCGAAGCCAGCGGGAAAAGAAGGAGGAGCGACCUGCGCUGGAGAGGUCUCGACGAUCUGACAGACACAGCGAUCGACGCGUCGAUCAUCGGCAGGAACGACAGGUCUUCCUGGAGGAGACGCGCACGGUCCGUGAGAAUGGCGGCCGAGCACGGGAGCCUCGCGAAGAACUGACCCGCCGAGUGGUUGGGCCAGGCUCAAACGACCGACAGAUCCGACAGAGGGCAGCGGCUACCACACUCAAACCCGCCAGAAGACCAGGAGGACCGCCUCAGACGCAUGGCGACCGUUCUAAGAUUGAGAGGUCGAGACAUCAUCAGCGCAGCAGAAGCAGGUCCCGUCGGAGAGCAUCUGGCGAGAACUCGCGGCGCAAGGAGCCGCUAAGAAGGAAUGGGCGCACAACCAACACAACCAACGGAACUUCCAUCCAAGGUGAUCCAGCCCCCUUUACCGAUGAGAUCCGUGGUGUGUGGCAGGACCCAGUAACCCCGGCUGGUUCCGGCGGUUCCACGGCAGCUGCUUCGGCCCCUGCGGCCCCUUCGGCCCCUGCGGCCCCUUCGGCCCCUUCGGCCCCUUCGGCCCCUGCAGCCCCUUCGGGGCCACAGCAACCGUCAUACCCACCACCUCACAAGCCCAAGGCUAAGGCCAGACCCACGGCGAAGCCCUCCUCCAAGCCUUCUCUGCAAAGAGAUCAAAGAGGCGCAGUGCCCACCACCUCGCUCACGAAGUCGCAAGGGCUCAAACCGAGGGCCAUGGCGGCCAUGAUGGGGGGCCCCAGCGCAGGCGAAAAGGCCGCAGCUGCUGGUGGGGCCACACACGCGACAGCGUCGAAGAUGCCUUAUGAAGAGGAUGGCGAGUCAUGGGAUCUCGACUACAAGCAGCAUAUCGAUGGGAUGGCAGAGAACAGGCCUGGGCACAAAAAGUUUGAUGCCUACAGACUGCCAAAGUGGGUAAAGCAUCCACUGUCGCAUCCAUUCAGUGGCAUUAGCGUUACCCCCGACGCCUACGCCUAUGCCUGCCUCAAUGGAACGUUGGACGGCUUGACCAACUUCCUGGGCUGGGGUCCAGCUCACAUUGCUUGCAUGUAUGGCAACAUGGACAUGCUCAAGGCGUGCAACGAGCAAGAGCUGAACGCACAGACCUUCAACGGCGAGACGCCAGCGUGGUAUGCCGUGCGCUACGGCACUCCGUGGUGCUUGCAGUGGCUCGUGGAGCACGGAGCAGAUACAACCACUCCAGAUCUGAAUGGCAACACUCCACAGCAGCUGAUUUUCUUGAACAACCGGAACGAUGGAGUGGAGAUGGAGUGGCUCGAGGCGGCCAUCAAGGGUGAGCUCACAGACAAGAAGAACCAACAAGCGCAGGAAUAUAAGCUGAAGAAAUGGCGCUUUGAAGGCUUGGAUGAUAAGGCUGAAGAUUGGCUCGACAAGAACAAGGCAAAGCAGCGCAAACACUU